AUGAACUGUCCGAGGUCUUUCCAUGGCGGUCCGCGAAAUGGUACCAAGGAGGUGUAUCAUUCGUCACAAGACGAUGGACCCAUCAUGGCGUUUCCCCGGUCUACUCUCGCGGCAUUGACUACGAUAGUGGUCUUCUUCCUAAGUACAUUUGCCGUUCAUGCAGCCGAGUGUGUUGUGGACGCCAACAACAACGGGGCGGAUGACUCUGAACAUAUCUUACAGGCUUUCGAUUCAUGUAAAGAGAACAGUGUCAUUCGGUUCCAGCAGACCAACUACAGCGCGCACACGCCCGUCAGUUUAACGGGUCUCAAGAACGUUACGAUUCAUUUGGAUGGAAAUCUCAACCUUCCUAAUAAUAUCUCACAAGUACAACAGGCAAUUAAUGUCACGAAGAAUCAACCGAGUACAUACGCCACGCCGUGGUUCUACUUCUCUGGCGAGGAUGUAUCUCUCAUAGGUUCAGAUAAUCCUGAAUGGGGUCGGUUUAAUGGGUUUGGACAACGGUGGUGGGAUAUUGGGAAUCGAACUCUCAGACCUCAGCUAGCAACAUUCAACGUGACGAAUGGACUCUUGCGGGGACUCAAAGUUAUUAAACCAGUUGCAUGGGGAUGGAACUUACCCGGGACGAACAUACGUGUGGAGAAUCACUUCGUGGAUGCUAAACCUGAUAAUUCAACCAGAGAUAGUACGGUGAGCUUCCCUUUCAACACGGAUGGAAUAAACGUUUCCGGGAACAACAUCACAAUAGACGGGUACUAUGGCCACAACGGCGAUGAUUGCGUCUCUAUCAUUAACGGCGCUCGGAAUGUCCUCGCUCAGAAUGGGUACUGCGGAUUCUCGUCUCAUGGAUUGUCCAUCGGAUCGUUAGGUCGCGGGGGAUCGGAACAGACUGUCCAGAAUGUGACAUUCAAAAACUGGACUAUGGAUGGAGCUGUAUAUGGCGCCAGAUUCAAGAGCUGGACAGGAGGCCGUGGAUGGGCGGAUAAUGUCACUUGGGAAGAUAUUACGCUUGUCAAUGUCUCUACUGGGAUAUUCAUUACGCAAAAUUACUAUGACCAAGAUAAAGGUGCACGGCCGCAGAAUACCAAUCAAACUAGCACGAAGAUAUCGAAUUUCACGUUCAAGAACUUCACCGGAGGGUUGAAUCUUAAUUGGACGGACGGAACUUGUAUAAGCAACCCUUGUUGGAACUAUGUUCAAGGUGGUGAUGCGACGCAAGGGAUCAUAUUCGACUUGUAUCCUGGCACCGCCUUGAACAUCGCAGUACAGGACGUCAAGAUCCACCCGAACGAUAAGCCGGAGAAUGCUACUACUGUGAUCUGUGAUCCCUCUACGCUCGCAGCUGGCGAACAAGAUACGCUGGGGUUUCAGUGUCAGAACGGACCGUUCGUCGCGACGCAGAUUAAAAGCGGGGGUGGGAGUAGUGGGAGUGGUAAUGGGGCUUUUAGAAGUACCGCAAGUGGGAUGGGAGUUGUCACCGUACUAGUCGUCUUGGGUGGGCUUUUGUUGUAA